AUGGAAACUCAAACAUUAAAUGCUACGUAUUUUAGUUCUGAAAACGUGACAGAGAGUAGCAAUAUUACUUCAACUGACAAUAUUGAAGAUAUACUGUUACAGAACCUUGGUGCAAGACGAAAGGACCUAUCAACAGUAGUAAUUCUUACAUCUCUUUACUUAAUAAUCUUUAUUACCGGAUUACUCGGAAAUAUCAGUACAUGUACAGUCAUAUGGAAAAAUCAAUACAUGCACACGGCAACAAACUUUUACCUCCUAAACCUGGCGGUGUCCGAUGUACUCACAUUAUUAAUUGCAUUACCACCAGAAGUAUUCUCCAUUUGGGAAGCAUAUCCGUGGCGUUUUGGUGAAACGUUCUGUAUACUGAAAUCAUACGUCAUGGAGUUGACGUCAUAUUCGUCUGUACUAACAAUAACGUGUUUCACAAUAGAACGGUAUUUAUCUAUAUGUCACACAAUGAAGUAUCAACACAAAUGCCUGAUGAAUAGAGCCAAAAAGUGUAUAUGUGUUAUUUGGGCCGUCUCUGGGCUUAGCGCCCUACCGUACCCAGUUCAUACAAGAUCGUUCUACUAUUUGUCUGAUCCCCGAACUGGCCUGCAUAUACCUGACUCUCUAGUAUGCAACAUUCCUCACAUAUGGACAGGCAGGAUGCUCAUUGUGUUCCAACUAUCAACGUUUGGCUACUUCAUUAUUCCAAUGAGUAUAAUAACCUUAAUGUACAUACUUAUUGGAGUAAAGCUUAAGCGAUCAGAGAUAAGCACACACGAAAGCCGGCAAUAUGGAAAGUCAACUUCUGUGAAAGCACGAAGGGCUAUACUUAAGAUGUUAGUGGCAGUUGUAGUUGCAUUCUUCCUUUGUUGGGCUCCAUUCCACGCACAAAGGCUCAUGACGUUGUAUAUUAAACAAUGGACACCUGCUCUAAUAGAGGCACAAGAAUAUCUAUUUUAUGCGUCAGGAUUGCUUUACUUUGUAAGCUCCACAGUUAAUCCGAUUCUGUAUAACGUCCUGUGUAAAAAAUUCAGGAUAGCUUUUAAGCGAACGAUGUGCAGAUGUCUGUUGAAAAUAAAUACACUUCCGUCGUUGUAUAAGCUCAAAGCUAAAUUUAAAACUAACCAUAUGGAAAAUGAACAUUUUCAACACGGUAUUCAAACUUGUGCAAACGACCAAAACACAACUGAAAAUGAAAUUUCGAAGCGCAGAAUAAUUUGCUACAGAUUUCAUGGACCGAAUACAAAGAGUAGUCCAACAGUUGACAAGCCAUCUACGAAGGAAACGACAAUAAACAAAACUAGUCGUAAAACGUCAUACAGUUCCCACGCUCACUCGGACGGGGAACUUCAUGCAUUAUGUCGACAUAAAUGGUGUGCCAGUAGAAAGCAUGUUGCUUUUAAAAGUUUACCAAUAUCACGUGUGGUUGCUUCUAGCCAAGAAAUGGAAACUUUGAGAAAGCCAAAAAUAACAUAUGUUUGUUUUCAACACAAAUCAGAACGAUGA